AUGCUCUCAAAUGUGACGAAUUUGAAUUUGGCCGGGGCGGAAUUGCCAGAGGAUUUCUUUGAAUGGUUAGAGACAGCAGCUGUUGUACAUUUGAAUAUAUCAAAUGCAAAGAUUGAUGUUCCGGGUGAAGAGUGGAGGUGGUGUGGUCCGCGCCUCGAAGUUCUUGACAUCUCAGGACUGCAGCUCAAGAAACUUCGACUCACUAGAGGGUGUAAUUUGAGGAAGCUUUUUGCGAAGGAUAACCAGUUGGAGUCUGCCUUCCUUGAUGCACCUACACUGGAAGCAGUAGACCUGGACCACAAUCUCUUCUCUGACUGGCUGAUUAUUCCACUGGGCACAUCGUUGGAAAAACUGGAGACACUCUCGAUGUCGGGUAAUCUGUUGACGUCUCUUCCUCCAGGAGCCCUCACCCAUUUUCCGCUUCUUCAGCACCUCGACCUAUCGCGCAACCAAAUCUCAAAUAUCGAGCACGACGCCUUCCCCUCACUUGGCAUGCAAAUAAUCUCGAUAGAUCUUUCGCAUAAUCAACUAACUUCUCUACCACAUCCUGUACUACCAUCCCUUCUAUAUCUCGAUAUUUCUUCAAACAAUUUGAAUGAAAUGUCACCGCUAUUAUUCGCUGGGAUGCCAUUGCUACAGCAUCUUAAAAUUGGAAAUAAUCCAGAAGUGUUUUCGAAAUGCGGGCAGAAGUGCUGGUCCGACCAUGUGGAUGUACUCACGAACCUUGUUGACAUUGACUUGAGCAAUUGCCAAAUCAGCAAGCCGAUCGAUUUCUCAAAAUCGUAUUCUUUAAAGUCCAUAAGCCUACGAGGUAAUCAAAUUACUACUCUGGACGGCGGCUUGUUGCCUCCAACGCUCUCUAUAUUGGAUGCUGGCGAAAAUUUGGUGCAUUACACUUCAAAUUUCUCGAAGCGUACUGGUACACUGCGAGACCUACGCUUGGAUGGCAAUCCGUUGAUCUGCGACUGUUCCCUAUUUGAGAUCCGUGAUCAACUGCUCAACCAAUCUCGCAUCACCGAUGCCGCCUCAUACUACUGCUUCUCCUCCGCUUGGCAACAUCCACUACAUCCAUAUUUGGCCAGCCUUCGAGCAUGUCUGCCCUCAUCUUCUUCAAUUCUCCCUUCACUUGUCACCGCUUUUCUGAUAUGCGUUUGUAUUGUGCUUCUUAUCAUAAUUUCGUUGAUUGCGGCUCAUCGCCUCUGCGGCUCGAUCUCAUACACUUACAAACGGCUGGCCCUCGAUAUUCCGGUUAGGUUA